GGAGGAGAGAGCAGCGCCCCCUGCUGGAGGAGCCGGGCCGAGCAGCGCCCCCUGCAGGCGGGAGGGGGCAGCGCACGGGAGGGCACGUGCUGCGGAGGAGCAGGAGCCCAGGAGUGCGGCUCCCCGCCCCGAGCCCAGCCCAGGAUGGGGCCAGCUCUGCAUCCUCCAGACAGCCCGUCUGCCAGGGGAGAGGCCACUGUCCAGCGCCUAGCAGCUGCCCGGCCACUCUCAGGCACUCUAGGGGCCAUCCGGAUGCGCCACCUACACCGGGCGCAACGCACGCGGCGGGACGGCAUCCAGGAGGAGCUGCUCCGGGCAGAGCGGGCACACCUCCGGGAGGCCCGGGAAUACCGCCAGCGGGUCCUGGCUGAGUUCCGCCGCUCCCGCCAUGACCAGGCACUUUUCCUGGAGGAGGUGCGGGCCGGGAGGGUGGCACUGCAACAGCUUUUGGCAAAGAUAAUGGAGGAGCGGCAGCUGGCCCAAGACAGCUACGAGGAGCUGAGGCAACUGCAGGCCUCCAUCAACACUGCCAUUCAGGAGAAGCUCAGGGUGUCGCAGCAGCUCCUAGCCGCCAUCCCCACCCUGACAGCUCAUACUGCUGUGCCGCAGCCCAUGCCAGCCCCAGUAUUGGCUCCUGGACCCCCUGACCAGCCCACGUUCCCAUCACCAGGGGCAGGUCCCAGCUGGGAGCAUUUUGCCGGGCUGGUGGCUCAGGUGGUACCCCAGCAGCCCCCACAGGCCUGCCACAGCCAUCGAGAGGUACCGCUCCUGCCUCCCCGCUUCCUGGUCCCGGGCGUAGCUGCAGCAUAUGCCUCUGAGGAGGAGCACCCGCUGCCUUCUCCAGAGCAGCCAGGGCCCCAGCCACGACAGCAUGGCCUCCGCACACGGGGUGGUGGCACACAGGGCCACGGCUAGGCUCAGGGCUGAGGGGUUGCCAAUCUCUGAUUCCCUCCUCCCUGUGCCUCCUCCCCUGGUGUUACCUCUGCCCCUAAGGACUGUCUCUUUCCCCCUGGUUCUUAUGUAAGUAGUUACAGUGUACUUCUGGCUUUGAAUGGUUUUGUGCAGGGGGGGUGGUGGGACUGGGUGAAUGGUAGUGGGGUUGUGGAGGGUCU